GCGAUAUGACGUCAUGAAAGAAUGCACGCGCGAACUUUUAAUCUCUUUGGUGCUACGUGGGUUGAGAAAUAUGUGAAAUCAUGUCGCUUUAUUGAUUUCACAGGCUUCAUACAGAUAUGGAUGAAAGGUUCAUUUAUAUCCCCCCACAAAGUCCCACACCUUCCUCUCCUGACGAUAUUGAUGAGGAACAAUGUUUGUUUGAUGACCUGCCCUUCCCAGCAUAUGGGAAGGAGGAGGAAGUUGAAGACACAGCCUCACAGAUUGAUGCAGCCACACAAGCUUCUAUCAGCCACUGGCCUCCAGAUAUUAAGUCUGAGAAAACAGUAGCAUCAGAGGUUAUUGUAGAUAAAGUAUAUUUCAACUCGGGAGAGAAGAAGGUAUCAUGGCCGUCAACCAGAGAGUUUUACUACUUUUUGCCCCAAAAUACUGAUGAGGCAUCUCCAUGUAGCAGACGCAGAACAAACUCGUCUAAAAAGAACAGAACUCCUCGUACUGCUCUCAAAAUGAUGGAGAGACACAGAGAAAAUGAAAGGACUCGGCAUCAUAACUUGAAUGACAGUCUGAGUGAAAUCUGCAAAGAUGUUCCUGGAUCCUCACAGGAUGGGAGGGAAACAAAGGUGGUGAUGAUGCAGAGAAUUAUCAGCUAUGUGGCCUACCUGGAGAACACCAUUGUCAAACUAUGUUCCGAACUGGGUGUCCCCUACUCAAAUUCAAUGACAUCAUUAACGUUACAACUUCGCACUGAAAUGGAAAACAGAUCUGUUUACACUGACAAAGGAAACAAAAGUAGGAAUGAAAGAGACUACAUGAAAAAGACACCCCUGAAUGACAAGCGCAGUUUGAGUCGGCGGUUGAAGCUGUCGUCUCCUACAGUAGACUCCACCAGCGACCACCAAGUGCCACAACACGUUCCCAGGGCAACAGAGAGCAAAGACUGCUCCCAGGAUUCCACAGUGCCAACCUCCUCCUUUCUGCCUUUCUUCAAUGACAAUGCCGUCGCACCCUGGUUUGUCAACACGGAGCAGGAGGAGGAAGUUGUCAACUCAUGUGAAUAUGACCCCUUCUUCAGUCAAGAAGUUGAAGCAAAUGAUUGUCUGAGGUUUUCUUCAUCUUUGAUGGAGCCGAGGUCGCCCCAGCUACCUGCACGCUACUUAAGCCACGUUGUCCCGACCUCCUUGAGUCUCCUGUCCAGCCCUGACCACAGGGAAGGCAACAAGGAGAACACAACAACCUUCAACCUCGGGGGCAACAUCAUGAAUAUUGGCCAAGUUGAUUGGUGCAGAAGUGAGCGAGACACAAGCUUCGACCCUGACCUGCCACAUUCUCAAGCUGUCUCCCCUGACAACGUUUUGCAGACCAUCCAGAUCCCCUCCUCCUCCUCGGCCUUCCUCUCUCCCCAGCAGUCUUCUCUUGCCUCCAAGUUGGACCCACUCACUCCAGGCAGUAGGAAGAACAAACGGAAGCAGUAUACACCCAAACGAUCUCCAUUUAAUAACUUAAAUAUUAACUCAGCUGAUACAGGGAAUCAGCAUUAUUUUGAUGUUGAGGAUGAUGAACGUUUUCAAAUGGAGCCUAUUAAUUGUGAAGUGGAUGCUAUUGGAAAUGAGGACCCUGAAGACGUUUCCCUCCAGAGUCUCGGCCUGACUCGCAGCCAGAAGUCCCAGAUUGCCCAGCUUCAGUCUCAGAGAUACAGGCCUGCCUCGUCAACCUCAUCAGAGGGAUCAAGGGAUGUGACAAAGUCGGGUAAAACUGAUCUGCGGAAAACUUCCUGGAUGAAUGGAUUCAUGAUGUUCAGCAGAUUGAACAGAAGAACAUUCAUUAAUGCCAACCCUGGAGUUCACACAUCCAACAUCAGCAAGAUAAUGGGGCAUGCUUGGAGGACCAUGGCCCCCGAAGAACAGGCUCCAUACAGGGAAAAGGCUAGACUGUGUGCCAAGGAGCUGCAGAAACAGCAGAUGCUGCCAGCUGACUUCACCACACCUGCCAACUUCACUGCCACGCCCACCAACUUCACCCCCACCGAGACCAUCUCAAGCACGCAGGACAAGUGUGGCUUCUUCAACUCGGACAAUUCCUCUGGGUCCUAUGUCUCUCUGCAUUUGGACGAUUCCUAGAUCAUAGUGGAAAAGUGUCAUUCUGGAACUUUAAAACAGAGGACAAUUGUAAAAAAAAACCAAUGUUAUCUUCUAGUAACAAAAAUGUGAUGAACAUGGAACAGUGAGACAAGAUAUGAGUGAAAUGUGAUUUCAAUGAACAUUUUUAUGCUGGAUGAGGGUGGAUUUCCCCAGUUCCUGACAUUCAUAACAAAACAACAUUCCAACAACUUCUGACCAUAAAAUCAGCAUUUUAAAAAUUACACUUUUAAUUCUUAGGUCCACAAUGUAUGUUGACAUUUAUCUGCAUGACCUUCAGUUAACGCCAAGCUGCAUCAUGACAUAUUUGCCUUGACACAAGAUAAAAUUAGUAUGACUGGAAAAUGUAUCAUGUAAUAUUACAAUAUUAAUCAAGAUAUCAUUUUCAGGAUGAAUACAAGUGUGUCAAAGUUGUGCAAAUAUCUUUCCUUAAUAGUUUAAAACUUUCCCUGUUUAUGUGUACUUAAAUGAUAUGAUCGUCAUGUAUUUGUUCACAUGAUACAUGCUCAGUAAACAGCAUUCCAUUUCAGUUUAAAUGAACAAAAAUACAUGUAUACAUACAUACACAUGUGUGCGAGCGCACACGCACACGCACACGCACACACACACACACACACACACACCAAAAAGAUCCGUCAGUUCGUUAUAAGCGUGUCUGUUAUAAACGUAGUUUACUGUAAUAUCAUAAGAUCAGUCGUCUUAGUUUCAUUAUGUUGUGUACACACCCAGUAUUUAAUUUAUUUGUAUUUUCUCUGUAUUCAUGUGUUUAAAUCCCAUUAGUUUCAUACAAUAAUGUACAUCAGUAGGUUAUGUACGCCGGGAUAUAACUGGAAUACUGUUAAAAACGGCGUUAAACCCAACUCACUCACUCACCAGUAGGUUAUGUAUGCAGUUCAUACUCAACAGAUUAACAUAUAGUUGCAUUUGGUACAAUAUGAUUGUUACAAGCCAAUUUAUACAUAAUACCUCAUAAAGAUGAUACAAGUACAGAUAUGUUUAAUUGUCAAUUAUUAAAAUUGUUAUGUGUAGUAGUAAGUCAGUUAUCAUCUUCUAACUAAUCAUGCCAAUGUACUGUGAAGUCUGUGAGGCAAUUUGUCAAUGUUUAUACGUUAUAUGGUUUUGACUCCUAAUAUACUAUCAAAUGAAUAUUUGUCACAAUAUCUGUGAACAAAAUGAUUACUCACUCAAUUGAAUUGAAAAAUAUAUGCAUUGAUAUGCAUCCAUGAUUUUUAGCAAUAAACAAUUAUGAAGUUUUAUCAUAGCUCAAUGAAAUAUAAGGUAUAAUACACUGUACUGUUUCUGCACAUUCUAUGUUGGAUCCAUCUUCAAGGGAGUUAACUGACUGUAAAAGUCCAGUUUCCACCCUUGCCGAACUUGGCUGGAAAAAUGGAGUUUUAUUUUGGCUGGACUAAGGAAACCAUGCUUAGUCCAAUCAAAUCACGUAACAAAAUCUACAUCCAGUUCGUAAACUGACGUGAGGAUUUUGGUCCAUUGCAGUAUUUGCAAAGCAUGUGUACCGACAACUUAGUGUCAACAGAUAGUUUCCAAAUCUUUUCAUGUUCUUAAUGAUGGUGCUCACAUGAUUUGAUGCACUUCUCGAAGUAAGACCCUUUUUUUUUUACAAUAUAGAUCUUGAUUAUCGAUCAGAUCGUCUUGAUUGG